AUGGUAUACCGCGGUAAACCGAGCGGAGGGUGUGACACCUGUCGCGCGAGGAAGGUCAAAUGUGAUGAAACAAGACCGUUCUGUUCACGCUGUGCCAAAGCCCAGCGUACCUGUUCCGGUUACCGGGAUCAGCUCUCACUGUGGUUCAAAGAUGAGAGCGACGCCACCGUGCACAAAUUGAGGGCCUUGCAUAAACCGAGUUCGGAGGACUUGACUCCGCAAAGGGCCGUUGUUGCAGUACGACAUGCGGUAGCACAGGCAUACUAUCACCAACACCCGGUCUCCUCGGUACCCGUCUUAAACUUUGCGCUGGACCACAUCUUCCAAGCAACCUGUCUGUUUCUCAAGUCAUAUCCAUGGCUUAAUGUUUCAUGCCUCGUAGAACAAGCCCAAACGCGUACCCUCUCCAUAGGUCAGAAAGCCAUGAUGACGGGGAUUGCCUCGGUGGGCCUCGCAAAUCUGGCGAACCUGCAUAAGUCACAAUCCUUCCAACUCACUUCAAGGCGCGAGUACACUACUGCUUUGCAGUUGACGAAUGCUGCUCUUCAUGAUGUUGCAGCAGUGAAAGAGGACACCACACUCACCGCGGUCGCAUGCCUUUCGUUGUAUGAAAUAAUCUGCUGCGACAAGGAGGACUCCUUGUUAUCUUGGUAUGACCAUGCUCGGGGCGUCGCGGCUUUGCUCGAACUUCGUGGCGAGGAACAGCUUCACCACGAAACUGGUCAACAAAUGUUUCAGGUUCUGAGGAAUGAAGUGCUCAUCGGCUGCCUGCAAAAGAGAACGCGAAUGCCGCCUGCACUGAUUCGGAAACCACAUCGAUCUGAUUGCACUGCCCAGAGUUAUUGUGCAGAUCGGCUGAUUGAGAUUGCCGCCGGGUUAUGUGAACUUCAAGCUCAAAUGAGCGAAGGGAUGGUCUCUGACAGCGCAGAAAUACUUGCUGUCGCCAUGAGACUCGAUUUCGAUCUAGAGGAGUUUACUCGGGAACUUGCUGCCGAGAUGCCUUACAUUUUGCGUCUGCGAAAUAACCCCCAGUCCCCUCGUGAGACUUUGAUGAAUGCGGUCAACCAUUACAAUGGUUAUUAUCAUGUGUACCAGUCUAUGUGGAUGUGCAACACUUGGAACAACUAUCGGUAUAUCAGGAUCCUUGUCAACAGUCUCAUCCUGGCACAAUUACAACCCUUGGCCUUCCAGUCUGAGCAAGGCUCUAAUCCCGAUGGCAUAAGGGGUCGCUGUUGCUACGUCCGUGCUUUACUGAGACAGUUAGCCGCGGAUAUCUGCUGCGCGGUCCCGUAUAAGUUCGGCUUCGCUGGCGAAGCAGGUACGCAAAUACGGGAACCAUUGGUGACCAAAGCUGGCACUGGUUUCACUCUACUCCUGCCACUUUACCUGGCUUCAGUGGUCGAUGGAGUGUCAGGGCCCGUACACGCGUGGGCCAUGAAGUGCCUUGAUAUCAUCGGGCACGAGAUGGGGAUCCAGACGGCUGUCUCGCUUAUGAGUGUGCUGGAGCGAGUGCAGGGUAUGACAUGGUGGGUCGACCUGUUGGAAGGCGAAGCGAAGACGGAUACAACAUAG